AUGAAAGCUUUUACUGGAGUUAGCCGGUUGGUGUUGCUUGGAUUCUUUGGAUCUCAUAUCAUCUUUACACUGUGUUUGGAUUGUCAAGCUGUUCUACCUGAAUCUCUGUUUCCUCAGGCGUUGAUUGAUUUGGGCAAAUACGAAGUGGAGACCUUCAAUGAUCCCCUUAUGGGCAACGCCCGCAAUCUUCUGUGGUUCCAAUCCAUGGUCUGCCUGGAACUGCUAUUCCAACUGCCAUACUUUUUUGCAGCGUUGUACUACAUUGGAGACGCUUCCGCCACGAGCUAUCCAGACGGUUUUCGGGCGGCUUGCAUUGCCUACGGGGCUCAUACCAGCACAACUCUCAUCCCCAUUCUCUCCACCUUUUGGGCAGCAGACUACAACGGGACCACGCAGGAACGAGUGUCCUUGACCGCCAUGUACUUUCCUUAUCUCGCAAUUCCCGCGUGGCUGUUGUGGACUGCAGCCACGGAUAGCAGCGGAGCAAAGACAGGACAAAAGUCAGACUGA